GCCUCCCUCAACGGCGCAUGGAUUAAAAACUUCGCACGUUGAAUGGGGAACGGCGGGGCUUGCGACGCGACGAGACGGUGGAACCUGCGAGCCACGCGCGAGCCGACCUGCCGGCACGAGGAAUCGGACAGACAGCCAGACAGACAAGCGGACGGACAGAGAAUAGAGAGAGAGAAAGUCUCCGCUGUCUCUUCCUCCGCGCUCGUCCCACUUUGAGCCGAGGCACGGAGCGAGCAACAACUCCGGACCGCAGGGAACCCCCCCCCCCCCACUUCCCUACCCACCCCGACUCCGGCCCCACAACUCACUUGACCUAUCCCAAAGACGACAAACCCACCCCGUGCUUGGCUAACGGCGCAGCACACCGGAGGUGACCCUUCCACGUUCACUGGCGCUGCCAUGAGACUCUGUCGGCGCCACGUGAACGGAGGAGGCUGAAGGGAGGGCCAGGAGACGCCAACGUCGUCGGAGUGACCGGCGCGCGUGCCGCGGGGGUUCCGCGUCCACGCGACCGACAGGUGAAGCUGAGCGAGCGAGGGACGUCCUCUGCGGAGUCGCUGUUGGAGGCCUCCGCCGUUGAGCCAUGCGGGGACUGCGUGCCGUGUGUUGCUGGUUGGUGGCAGCGGCGGCGCUGGUUUACCCUCACGAGAUCCCGCCAGAGCAUCGCAAGGUUCGCGAGAGGAUAAGGCGCCAGUUGCCUGGGUCGCAGGCCGAGGAGGUUGACACGGGGCCCCCAGGACAGGGCACGUGGGGACCCUGGGGCCCUUGGUCCGACUGCAGCAGAACGUGCGGCGGUGGAGUGCGCAUGCAGACGCGGGAGUGCCUGCCCCAGUCUCAAUUCACGCAGCAGCAGCAGCAUCAUCAUCAGCAGCAUCAGCAGCAGCAUCACCCGGCCGUGCCUCCACACCAGGGGGGAGGCACACACACGGGCCUGCAUUCCGUGUCGCUGUAUAUGCCGGACAGCCACGUCGCCGGUCAGGGUCAGGGCCAAGGUCACGGCCAGAGUCACGGCCAGGGACACGGCCAGAGUCACGGCCAAGGUCACGUUCAGGGUCACGGCCAAGGUCACGGCCAGAGAUACACGCCCGGAAUGGGCCAGGGCGGCCACCGUCCGGUGCCUCAUGGCCGCACUCACGGCGUAGCAAGUCGUCCUCCGCACGGUAGCAGGCACGGCGGCAUGCCGCCCUCCUCCUCCUCCUCCAUGCGCCCCCUCUACUCCGACGGUGUCAACUACGGCACCAACCCCGGCGGCGGCUUCCACGGCGCCGGCGGGGUGCCCGGCCAGCCUCCGUCGACCGGCUGGCACGGCGGGGGCUACGCCAGGCCAUCGAGCGGUCGGGCGACCGCCGGACAGCCCUCCUACCCCGGCGCGGCCUACGGCAGGACGGCCGCCUUCUCGCUCUACACGAGGACCGACGAGGGACCGGACGCGGCGGACGGGAGAGACGCCGGCUCCGAGGCUCCCACGGUGGGCGCGGUGGGGAGCGCCGGCGGCGGCUCGCGCGCGGCGAUGUCCGUGCAGCCCCUGCACGGUGAGGGCGACUCCUCUUCGACCGCCGCAUCGUCAUCGUCCGGCGUGGCACCCAACGCACAGGCGGAAUCGUCGCCGACUGAUUCCAGGUCCUCCCGAACCUCCAUCCGGCCGGGGAGAUACGGCUACGGGCGGAUGCCCGUCAUGUACUCGGCCAUCAAGCCCGCCGACGGCGAGCCGAGCCGCGGCGACGCGGCCGCGGGCACCAACCAAACCCCGCGGCCUCCGUGGCGCUCGCGGCAACCUGCGGCGCGCGCCGGCCACCCCCAGCAGCAGCAGCAGCAGCCGCAGCCCCCGGGGAUCGCGUCGCUGCCCCUCUACGCCGACCAGCGCGGGACGCCGCUCGCGCACGGAGAUCGGCACCCGGCACCGCGGCACGCCGCACUUUCCUCUCACGGCGGCGGCGCCGACGGCGAGCGCCCCGCGCCCGCGCCUGCGCCCGCCCACCUCCCGUGGUCCAACGGCACGCGUCACCCCCUGACGCGGCUCGAUGGUCCCGAAGCCCGGGCGUCCGCGGGCCUGCCCGUCGGCGGCGGUCGAACGCAAAGCCGCGGAGAGCGAGCGUUCCUCCAGUGGUACCAGUCUCACCCGCGCUACCACGGCGGCGGUGGCGGCGGCGCGGGAACGCCGCAGCCAGUCGCGGAGAGCUUUGCGGGUCAUGCGCACAGCAGGGCGGAGCAGCCCUACGGAUACCGGCCGCGCCAGGACGCAAGCCGACAGCAGCAGCAGCAGCACAGAAUGAGCAAGCGCAGUCCCGAGGAAGAACAGCUCAAGUGCUCCGGACUGGGCAAGCAGUACAAACUCUGCAACCUUCAGGCGUGCUCCGCUGGGAGCCGCGACGCCCGCGAGAUGCAGUGCUCCUCCUACAAUGGCAAGCCCUUCAUGGGUCGCUACUACGAGUGGGUUCCGUUCCUGGAAGUGCGGGAAGAGCAGAAGUGCGAGCUGAACUGCCGUGCCGUGGGCUACCGCUUCUACGUGCGUCACGCGGAGCGGGCCACCGACGGCACGCCGUGCGAGCCCGGCUCGGACGACGUCUGCAUGGAGGGCACGUGCAAGACGGUGGGCUGUGACGGGAUCCUGGGCUCAGACAACGUGGUGGACAAGUGCGGCGUGUGCGGAGGGGACAACACCGCCUGCAAGGUGGUCUCGGGCGUGUACAAGCGCUCGGCCACCUCCGUGGGCUACCACAAGAUCCUGGAGAUCCCCAAGGGCGCCAUCAAGAUCAACAUCACCGAGAUGAGCAAGAGCAGGAACUACCUCGCCCUGAGGAGUCACGCUGGACAGUCCAUCAUCAACGGGAACUGGGCCAUCGACCGGCCAGGAAAAUACGAGGCCGCGGGGACGAUGUUUAUGUACAAACGACCGAACGAGAUUAGCAGCACCGCCGGUGAAUCCUUCAUCGCUGACGGGCCGACGACUGACGUGCUGGACGUCUUUAUGAUCUACCAGCAGUCGAACCCCGGGGUUCACUUCGAGUACGUCCUGCCGUCAGAUAAUGUGGUGAGCAGCCAGCUGGACCCGAAUCCGCCCAAUCACAAUUUGGAGGAGGCGUACAACGGGCAGCUGUCGGGCUCAGCCAUUGGAGGAGGAGGAGGAGGCGGCGGCGGCGGCAGAGGAGGGCACUCGACCGUUACCCACACUGCAACGGACCCUGCGGGCGGUCACCUGGGACCCGGGCAGCCUGGCGUGCCACCUGCGUCUCCCUGGCUCCGUGACUAUAACUGGAAGAGGGUGGGCACCACGGAAUGCUCUUCCACCUGCGGUAGAGGCAAACAGCUGCCGGUGUUCCGCUGUGUGAGGCGCACCACCCAGGAGGAGGUGUCCGACACCAACUGCGACUCGUCGUCACGGCCACCUGAAGAGGAGGAGGCCUGUAACGUUCAGCCUUGCCCCGCAUUCUGGGACCUGGGCGAGUGGUCCGAGUGCAGCAAGACGUGCGGCACGGGGAACCAGCACCGCCAGGUGCUGUGCCGCCAGGUGUACGCGGGCCGCGUCACCACGGUGCAGCCACACCGGUGCCGCACGCUGGAGAAGCCCGAGACCACCACCACGUGCCAGCUUAAGAUCUGCAGCGAGUGGCAGACCCGCUCCGAGUGGAGCUCCUGCUCCGUGCCGUGCGGCCUGGGCCAGCGGAGCCGCGACGUGAAGUGCGUGAGUAACCUGGGCGACGCCGUGGACGACGGCGAGUGCAACAUGAAGCUGCGUCCCGCCGACAGCGAGAACUGCGACAUGGGGGCCUGCGCCAAGAGCUGGUUCCUCACCGAUUGGAGCGAGCGGUGCUCGGCGGACUGCGGCGAGGGAGUGCAGUCCCGCUCGGUGGUUUGCCUGAUGAACCACGUGAACAGCCUCCCACUGGAGGGCUGCUCCAGCGACCAGCCGACUGAGAGGCAAGCCUGCAACUACGGCAGCUGCGAGACCAAAGUGGAAUGGUUCACCGGGCCCUGGGGACAGUGCUCCGUCGGCUGCGGCAACGGCACGCAGAGCCGGGACGUGAUCUGCGUGCAGCGGACAAACGGCUCCUUCUCCGCGAUGGACCGCGACGCUUGUGCCGGCCUGGCCAAGCCGCCGAGCCAGCAGCCGUGCCACCUGCGUGCGUGCGGCGCCCGCUGGUACACCACGGCAUGGAGCGCGUGUUCCAAGUCGUGCGAAACCGGAUUCCGCGUGCGCGAGGUGCGAUGCCUCGAUGACAGCAUCGCUCCCAGCAGCAGCUGCGACGCCGAGCUCAAGCCCAGCAACAGGGAGGAUUGCAACACGCAAGCCUGCAUCCCUGAGAUCGACGAGAACUGCAAGGACAAGUACUUCAACUGCAACGUGGUGGUGCAGGCGCGGCUGUGCGUCUACAACUAUUACAAGACGGUGUGCUGCGCCUCGUGCACCCGGGCCGCCAACCGCGCCCGCCGCAUCGGCCGGAGAUAACGGGCCUCCCCGUCGGCACCCUCGGUCCCGCGUGGGCCCCCCAGCCUCCCCCCCCCCCCCCAUCCCGUGGCCUCGGCCCCAACGUCGACGGGAGACUUCGGCAGCAGAGCGGCGAGCGGCGAGCGGCGACGCGUUUGCGGCUCCCCGGAGAAGAACGGAUGACUUUUAUUUCUGUGGAAACUGAGACUUGCCUCGAGGUUCAUUCAUCCGCAAGCAGUGAAGAACGGCGCACUUUGUGAAACAGAUUGCGCGCCGCUGCGCUGCAUAUAACCGAACAAUCAGUUGAAGGUCCACGGGGGUGGCUCGCUUUGUUUAUUUCUGGAUAGACAUUGCCCCAUAAGAAUGGCUUUUAUUUGUAUUCAGCACAUAUACAGCAUACGGUGUGCAUAUAAAGUAGCAGGAGGCCUUUACAUAUGAAUUUGCAUUACCUCAUUCCUACUCCAAUAACUGGGGCUCAGGCCAGUAGUAACAUUAAGAUUCGUCUAAAACGUACGCCCCCGCUAUUGCAUAAGUAAAAACAAUCCGUAUUAAAUGCGUUUGCUUCGCUUGUGAACCGUUCCAUGAACCCACACGUGUUUUAAGGAACCAGUGUUAAGGAUGAGGCGAUCCAACGUGAUGAUAAUCACGGAUGCAACGACAUACAUCACGCUUUCUCCCACUGCAGGCGAUCUCACACGCCGCCUUUAAUCCGGAAAUGGGGGGGGGGGGAGACAUGUAUUUUAUUGACACGAAGAUAUUUAGUUUUUUCGUGCGGCAUUGCGGGUGCGAACUCCGCCAGAGGCUGGGAUCACAGGCUGCAUCACCCCGAAGUGCUGUUGGACAGUACAAUUUAAAUAUUUGAAAUCAUCUUGUCACGAUCACACCCCGGUUUGUGAGAUUCUACAGCAGGGUUCUGAUCCCCCUGCACCACCCCCCACCACCCCGACCGCUUCUCAAUUCCCCCCACCGCUUCGGUUUGCCUCUGGGUAACGUGUGUUGUUGUAGAUAAUUAUCAAGAACCGCCCAUUAACAGUUGACAUAUAUAUUAUUUCAGCAGCCACAACUACCUCUUCUUUAAAUUUGCCGUCAUGACACAUAUAUGGUGCUGUUUUAGGUGCUGUUAUAUAAAGCUGUAUUGUAUUUCUUUUACGCUGUUACAAUUUGCUGGUUUUGUUCUUUGUUUGCAUUUGCAGCUGGGGAGGAGUGCAGCGAUAGACGUAAAUUAACAAAAUAACAGUUCAGAAAUACAUUUUCUGUGCCUGCAACAGAUUUCUUUUUUUAAAUCCAAUAUUGGUGUGAAAUGUCGUGCAAUUGUAUUUUUUCUUUAUUGUCAACCGAUGACGAUUGAAUUAACACACACGUUUCACGUUUCAUCUACGUUACGACAGUGAUGUAAGGUAUUUCUAACGAGGGGCAAUCAAAUGUUACCACUUCUUGCUUCAAAGGUCAAAGGUUCCCUAAAUGUUAAAGUGCUCUCAGCCAUAUUUAGCUUGGUGCCUUGUAAAUAAAUCUAGUAAUGUUAUUGUGAGCUUAUAUGAAAGCUAAGCCUUGCUUUUGUUGUUAAUAAUCAUUUUGUACAAUAUUCUUAAAGGUUUUACCUUUAAUUAUAUAGCCUUGCAAUUAUACACAUGAACACAGUUAUUCUUAUACUAACAUUUAGUAGUGCUACUGUUAAAACAAAUUUACUUUUAAAAAAGCUACAUUUACAAUUAUAUUUUAAAGCUGGCAAAAAGUAUUAUAAAUACUUUAAUAUAAUGUUUUUUUUUACCUUCAUUGACUCAUUAUCCACAGUUGUGUUUAUGCUUUUCUUUCUUAUAAGGCUGCACUUCUCCCCCCCCUCCCCCCCGAAAAAAUAAAUACUAUUUUGUUAAUGAUUAAUUUAUUUUGUACAACUGUGUUAAUGAACUGUUAUGGUUGGAUUUUGAUGGAUUCUCAAAACAAGAGGUAUGGCGGGGGCCAGGUGGAGUGGGUAACAAUGUAUAACUCUCCUACGAAAAUUAAAUGCUCGGCAGUUCUAAUCUGUGGCCUAACUAUCGAAUGUACCGGCAGUGCAAAUACACCGGGAACCCUGGGCUGGUGGAGCCCAGUGGGCGACAAAUACCAGGGAGGAUUAUUGGAUGGAGGGCCUCAUUUUAUUCUUUGCACCAGGACCCGUGCCCGUCUGUUCUAAUCUAACACCUAUGCUGCCUUUUAACACUGCGACUGCAUGCAAAGGUGAGGGCAAUAGCUACAGAUCUAGCCAUGUAUGAUGUGUAAGUCUUAGCCGACCGUCAUUCGCUGUUAGACAUUAGGAACGCUGAAGAUGUCACGUGCGUUUUUGGCCAGCCUGCUCGUAUUUACAUCCAUUGUGACACAAAUAUGUACCGUACUGUAGAUUGCGACUAAAGUCACUGAAAACAAUCUACAAACAGGAAAUAAACAUUUGCAAAGUCA